ACCUUAUUUUUCCAAACAUAACCUUGCUUUUGCCGCCUGCAAAUUUCAGUUCAAAAGCAGAUUCAAUUUGGCAAAUUUGAUUAUGGAAAUCUCAUUAGAUAUUGUUGAUAAUCUCAAAAAAACUUAUGCGAAACCUCUUUACAUAAAAGAUCUCUCCGAACAUGGGCAAAUUACUUGUAUCGAACUAUCUCAAUUUGAAAGAUCUCAAGAUGUAGUACUCAUUGGCUUUGGAAAUAAAAUAUUACUAGGAUAUUUCAAAUUCUCUGGUAACGUUCAUUUAGAAAUAAUUUCUGAGUUCCCUUUUCCAUGUCGAUGUACUGGGUUAAGUAUAUCGCCAGAAACAAAUUUGAGCGCUGUUCCUAAUUCAGUAUCCUUUUGCGCAGCUGGAAGUGAUUUUAAGAUCAGAGUUAUUAAGUCUGAUUUGGAAAAUGAGAGUUUUUGUAAGAUUCUGAAUGGCCAUACAAGUUAUAUCAAUGAUCUGAAGUAUGAUUUAGAUGACAAAUAUUUAGCUUCUGUUGGUGAUGAUAACUCUCUGAGAAUUUGGGACUUGGAAACUUAUGAAUGUACAGCACUUCAUUUAAAUUUUGCUGGGGUAGCUGUUCAGUGGCAUAAAGACGAUCCGUCAAAGCUACUGGUUGCUGAUAAAGUGGGUGUAAUAAGAUUAUAUAAUACUGAAACUUUGAAACCAAUUUUAUCUUUCGAUUCUGGAAAGUUAUUGUCAGCUUGUCAUUGGUCCCCAUCUAGAAACCAAGAUAUUGCAUCUUUACAAUUAGGAGAAUUAUCUCUUUGGGACAUAACAACCCCAAGUACACCAACAAUUUCUUCAUUGGUAUUCACAGAAGCUGGAGGACACCUGAAGUUCAGUCCCCAAGGAGAUUUAAUUGCAGCAUUAAAUCCCCUAGAAGGUACUCUGAAGGUGUUUAAAACAAGAAUGCUGGAACUGAAAUUUUCAACUUUCUUAAAUUUACCAACGAAUUUUUGUUGGCAUUAUAAAUAUCCAUUGAUUUGUGUAGGUGAUGAUAGUAAAUUUUGUAUCUGGAAAGUUAACACAUUGUAGGUUGAAUAAAUAAAUUUUUCUUUUUUUAUA